GGUCACAGUGACUUGGUCUUUUCAGUUGCAUGGAUAGAUGAUGAUCACCUGGUUUCAGGUUCACGUGACGGGACAAUUCGUCUUUGGUCAAUGGAAUCGAAUAUUAUCUCCGAGAUGCAACUGCUCCCGAGGAAAUACAUUAAUGUUCAUCAAUGUUUGCUUAUUCGAUCGGAGUGGAGUGGCAAAGUUCGUGACCUGCAAUUCAAUCCAAACACACAGCAAAUCAUGACUCUCUCGACGGAGGGUUAUGUCAGACUAUGGGACGCGUCGUACCUCAACCAAGUAUCCAAGAUCCCGUUGGUUCACACCAAUGAAAAUGUGUGCUUGUCGAUGAAUUCAAAGGUCAAUUUGUUUGCCGUUGGAUCUCAAGCGCACAUUUCGAUUGUGGAUCCAAGGACCACAUCGAUAGUUCAUGAAAUUGAUUCGGUUGAUGACGGUUGGGGCGUCAGAUCUUUGAAUUUCGACAAUCACAUCAUUACAACCGGUGGCGGUUUCGGUCGAUUGUCUUUCUAUGACAUGCGCGCACAAAAUUAUUUGGAAUUUCCUAUGCACACCGAUAAAGCGGAAUCAUCAAUGGAUUGCAAUUACAAAGAAACCGGUUCUGGAUGGCUG